AUGGCCGGCAAAUUUGCCUUUACCCUCUCCCUGCUUCCCGCAGCGUUGGCCGUUACAUACGACGUCUAUGUCGGCGCCGGCGGCGAGCUAGCUUACACGCCCCCGUAUGUCAACGCAGUCGAUGGCGAUGUGGUCAACUUCAUCUUCCGUCCCAAAAACCACACGGUAACCCAGUCGUCCUUCGAAGCGCCGUGUGUCGCCCUCCCUGGAGGUGAAAGAUCCGGCUUCCGUCCCGUCCCAGACGACAACCCACCGUUCCCUAAUUACCAGUUUCACGUUACAGACACCACACCCAAGUGGUUCUACUGUGGUCAGACCGGGCACUGCGGUCAAGGGAUGGUCUUCGCGAUCAACCCCGCACCUGAAGGCGAAGCCCGGUCGUUCAAGGCCUUCCGUGAUCUCGCCAUCGCUAUCAACGGUACGGCGGCCGCCUCUUCUGCCUCUCCCGCGUCCUCGUCUGCAGACACAUACGUCACGCCCCCGGCACCCAAAUGGGCGACUGCCACCGCUACUAUCACCCAGGGCCAGUCUGUCUGGACGACGACUUACAGCAGCUACGACGGCACACCCCCACCCACGCCUGCCCCGCAGCCAGCGGAGCAUAAGAUCACCGUCGGUGCUAAUGGCGAGUUCACUUUCACGCCCAGCAAUAUCCAAGCCUCCGUCGGAGACAAGGUUAUCUUCGAAUUUCGGCCAAAGAACCAUACCGUUACCCAGUCCAGCUUCAGUAACCCGUGCCAACCUCUCGCGGACGUUACUGGCGUACAAGGAUUUCGUUCAGGAUUCGUUCCGGUCGCAGCUGAUGCAACGACGUUUCCUACGUUUGAGAUAGUCAUCAACGACACUGCGCCAAUUUGGGGCUAUUGCGGCCAAGGCAACCACUGCGGUAGCGGCAUGGUCUUCUCCAUCAACGCUGUCGAAUCAGGCCCUAAUAACUUCGCCGCCUUCCAACAGCUGGCCCGCAGAAUUAAUGGGACCGAAGCCUCUGGUGCAGCCUCUGGGAACGGUACAUCCACUGGCUCGGGCAACGGUGCUAUUUCUGUUACUUCUUCGUUCGUUGGAUUUGUCGGUAGCCUGGUCUUUAGCGCUGCUGUUGCGUUCCUUUAA